CAGGCAAAGAGCAGAAUUGAAUGGAAUCUUCCACAUGCAAAGACUGAGGAAAAAGCUGCUUUGAGGGCUCAGUCACAUGCACCACUAUGGAAUCACCUAGCGAUACCUCAAAAAUCCUGGAGAAGGGUCCAGAGUACCUUCGAAAGCAGAUGGAACUGGAGAGUGAGGUGAAAGGACCAAUGAGUGCUGUUGAGAGACUUGCUGCGAGCAAACCCAAAUAUGUGAAGAGCCAGCUGGUGGUCAGAUCGACUCAAGAACCGGUCAUCAGCCUGGGAUCUGCAUCCGUUAGCAGCAUGGGGUCCUCCAACUGGAGCUCCAGGCAAUUCCAGGAGUCUCCAAAACAAAGCUCUUCACCGGGAAAUGUAAGACGCUCCAGCUCCAAAAAGCGCCCCGACUCCCUUUUGCUUUACAGACAGAAAUGUGAACUAUUAAGAGGGGCUGGAAAUGACCGCAAACAUCACAUAACGCGGAAACUUCUUCUCAACGCCGCCAGGGUAAGCAUUACCUUACCUGAGACAGCAGAAAAGGAGUGCGGGAGUGAGGACGAGGGGGAAAAGGUCAACCCACCUGAGGAAUAUAGCUCGAGUGCAACGACCCCGACCCUUGGGAGGAGGAAGAAUGUAGUAGAACACGCCACCAAAUGCAUGGAUCCUGGGCAAAAAGAAGGUUUUGGUGGUGUGAACACAAUUGCCAACCGGCUGAAGGUUCCUAUCAGGAGGAGCAAAGGUGUCGCCCGAUCCCGCUCGGACAUCAGCUCCAGGUACUCCAAGAAUUUUGCAGACUUCGACGCCUUCUUCAAGUACUGCGGCCUGGACGGGGAGGUCAUCGAGUCACUGGGAAAGGAAAACUUCUCGGCGCGCUCGGACGAGAUCGCGAUGAAACUGCGAAGCGUCAGCGUGUCCACGUCGGACGACGGCUUCUCCAGGAACAGCGACGACAGUGAUGGGCUGCAGGAGGACGUGUUACGCAAAAAGAUCCGACAGGGGACAUCCGUCAUCGAGCGGAAUGCACGCAUAAUCAAGUGGCUGUACAGCUGCAAAAAUGCUGCAGAGAGCGGCAAAAAGUUGAGGGACCUUGACUAAAAAUGUUCAGGGGAGACUAUCUAUAGCUGGUAUUCCCUGGCAGGGUUCGGAAGACAUGCAUCAGUUUGAGAAAAACAAUGAGAAACAUCUUCUUUAAAGCUGCUUAGAGAGCUUUAGUUAUGGUUUAAGGCGAAAUUAACAGAUUUUUGGUUACUACAGUGUGCAAACAGAGUCUGAGGUGAGCAGAAAAAGUUUUUUGGGGGAGUCGAUUGUAAAUUCCCGAUAGGACAGGGGUGUCAAACCACAUGGAGGAAAAUCUAUUCCCAAGUGGGCCGGUAUGGUAAAAUCAUGGCAUGAAAACUUAAAAAUAAAGACAACUCCAGGUUG